AGUCAAGAACCCCUUGUCAUGCAUAUGGUGUGUGUGAGUGUGUCUCUUUUCCCAUGUUUAUUUAAAGUGCAGAAUUUCUUAAUAGGUUUCUGGUUUUGCUGAGCAAUGGAGGAAGUGAUGAUUUUUGUGUGUAUGGUUUUUUUUGUGUCACCCAUUUGGGGCAACCCUCUUGUACCUGCAUUGUACUUGUUUGGGGACUCUUCCAUCGACAAUGGAAACAACAAUUUGCUUCCAACUCUUGCCAGAGCCAAUUUCUUCCCUUAUGGGAUUGAUUUCGCCCUAGCUUCCACCGGAAGAUUCACAAAUGGAAAAACUAUUGCCGAUUAUUUUGCUGAAUAUCUUGGGUUGCCAUAUCCUCCUCCAUACAUUAGUGUGGGAAGUUCAAGGUCCUUAACUGGAAUCAAUUAUGCAUCUGCUUCUUGUGGAAUUCUGCCAGAGACUGGAGCCAAUUUUGGAAGAUGUCUGAAUUUGAGGGAUCAAGUGAAUUUAUUUCAAAACACAGUUGAGAAUGAUUUACCAGUAAUGAUUAACUCAAUUGAAUUAAGUGAACAUUUAUCAAAUUCUAUAUAUGUAUUCAUCAUCGGAACCAAUGACUACAUCAGUAAUUACCUUGGAACCAAAACUUACCAAUCUAUAUCCUUUGCUGAACUCCUCAUUACAACAAUAUCUGACCAAGUUAAGAGAGUAUACGAGUUGGGAGGUAGGAACAUAAUGAUAUCUGAAAUUAGACCUGUGGGGUGCAUGCCAAGAAUCUCAAGGGUGUAUCCACAUGCAGGUCCCUGUGUUGAGGAAUUAAAUCAAAUGGUGACAUGCUUCAAUCAGAGGCUUCCACCACUAAUCAAAAAUCUCACAUCCACUCUUCCAGCCUCCAACUUUGUUCUUAUUCGUUCCAAUUCCAUUGAAUAUGAUGCAAUCAGAAAUCCAUCCAAAUAUGGUCUAUCUGAUGCAAGCAAUCCAUGUUGCAGAAGUUGGGGAAAUGGAACUGAAGGAUGCAUCCCACUUUCAGCACCAUGCCAGGAUCGUAGCAGAUAUGUGUAUUGGGAUGGUUAUCAUCUUACACAAACUGUGCAUUCAAUCAUAUCAUCUCAAUGUAUCAGCAAUAGAUCUGUGUGCUCACCAGUGACCAUUGAAGACCUUGUUAAAAUAUAACUGAUAAAGAAUCAAUAUUCAAGGUUAUUAUAAAUAAAGUUUGCAAACUUUAAUCCAAUCUAUCA